AUAUAUUGAAUGGAUUCUGAAAAACUCGGAAUAUUUGGAAUGAAAACUCGGAAUAUAUUGAAUGGAUUCUGAAAAACUCGGAAUAUAUUGAAUGAAAAUUCUGAAUAUAUUGAAUGAAAACUCGGAAUAUAUUGAAUGAAAAACUCGGAAUAUAUUGAAUGGAUUCUGAAAAACUCGGAAUAUAUUGAAUGAAAACUCGGAAUAUAUUGAAUGAAAAUUCUGAAUAUAUUGAAUGGAAACUCGGAAUAUAUUGAGAAUGAAUUGUUUAAAAUUUUCAGUUUUUCAAAAUGGCAUUUGCAGAAAUACUUCAAUACUUUGUUGAACUGGAAGAUUUUUUUGCAACAGCUGAUUGUAAUUCAAGGCACCUAAACCAUCUGGAACAUUUAUCACGUCACCUUGAGGAUCAUAUUUCUAUUAUUGCAAUGUUCCUUAUGGCUAUGAGUAAUCAUAUUCAACCAAACAAUGCAGAAAGAAAUUUGCAUGUCAUUCUUGAAGGAAUUUAUGAGUGUCUAAGUGAGAUUUUGGAUCAAAUAACACUUGAAGAUGUCAGACAAGUAGAUGACACACACUCUACUUCUCAGAGAGGAAGGCCAAGGUACCAAAUAUCAGCAGCUCAGCUGAUUCACAUGCGUGACUUGGGCUUUAGCUGGAUGGCCAUAUCUCGAAUGCUGUCUGUAAACAUUCGAACACUUUACAACCACAGGACACAACUGGGUUUAGUGGACUAUGGGAGUUUCAGCAACAUUUCAAACACAGAUCUUGAUUGUCUUAUUGCUGAGGUUCUAAGGCAAACCCCUGGGUCAGGAGAGACCUAUAUCUCUGGCAGCUUGAGAGGAAGAGCAAUCAGAGUUCAGCGGUGGCGGGUUCGAGAGCGUUUAAGAAUAAUAGAUCCAGUGGGAAGAGCAUUAAGAGGCCGAAGGGCAAUUCAGCGGCGGGUCUACAAUGUCUCUGCUCCUAACCAAGUCUGGCAUACUGACACAAAUCACAAGUUAAAUCCAUGGGGAUUUGUUUUUCAUGGUGGAGUGGAUGGAUACAGUCGCUGCAUUACCUACCUGAGAUGUUGUACAGACAACAGAGCUUCAACUGCUCUGCAACUUUUCCAGGAUGCGGUCAAUCGAUUUGGACUUCCACAUCAUGUCAGGGGUGAUGCUGGUGGCGAGAACAUCAAUAUUGCGCAAUUUAUGAUUGAGAAUCGUGGUGGAAACAGGGGUAGUUUCAUGGUUGGGCGUAGUGUACACAACCAGAGAAUUGAAAGACUGUGGGGAGAAUUGAACAGGGUUGUGUCAGCAUACUUUAAAGACCUUUUCCUCUUUAUGGAAAAUGUUGGACUUUUAAAUAGCACAGACCCACUUCACAUUAGGGCACUCCACCAUGUUUAUCUUCCAAGAAUCAACAGAUCUGUUGAUGAAUUCAUAACCCAGUGGAACCACCACAGCUUGAGGACAAUGGAGAAUAGGUCCCCGCUGCAACUCUGGACAAUUGGAAUGUUAAAUCUUCCUCAAAACCAAAGACAACUACAUCUUGUACAAAUGCCACACUCUCAAGUUCAACACCAACAGGAUAUGGAAUUAAGGCCAAUAAAUCCCUUGACUGAUGACGGAAAUCAUGGAAUAGAACUUUUUGUCACAGUUUGUAACGUGCUUCAAAUGAGGGAAUAACCUUAGCUUAAAAAAAGAUUGUUCUCGAUAUUGUACACCCCAUCACACAGCUGAAGUCAGAUGUUAUUUAUUUGCAAAAUAUUAAUUGCAUUAAUUGGAAUAAGGUCAAUACAGGGAAGGGGAUAUGGCAAUAACUACCAGUUGAAUUCCUUUAAUGUGAAAGUGGUGUUCGUGAAUGAUUGCAUGUACUGUAGAGUUCUUACAGAUGCAUCUCUUCCCCAAGUUUGCAGCAAGUUAUCCAUUGAUUUUCAAGGAUCAGACAUUUCAGUCAUUUACUGUAACACUUGACUAUAGUGGGCUCCAGGUUUGUCAUUUACGGACAGAUUCUCUGAGGACAAUGAAUGAACAUGUUCAAAAUAGAAACAACAAACUAUUUAUUUGCAUGGUUUGAUUCAGUAAUUACAGGAGGCCUAUGAAACAUUUACACAUCAAGGUGUCACAAUACUAAACAUUUCUGUUUCCCAAAAAAAUAACUGUUCCUAUAAAACCACCAUUAAACUAAAGGUUAGUACCCAGCAACGUUUGAACUGAACAUUUGCUUAUG